GGGAAAUGUAGUUUUACAUACGUCACGACGCACGCUUCCUUCCGUGACGCGUUCCCAGAAUGCCACGGAAAUGCUCUAGCCAACAUGGCGGCGGAAUAGAAACGUUGUAGAGUGAGUUUAUGGAGAUCUGCUCACGUUCCAUGUUGAGGCUCUAACAAAGAGACAUUACCUGUAUAAAAGUGAUUAGGUGAAAAUGGCAGGAGAACUGACAGAUAAAAGAGACCGUGAUGGGUCUCCAUCCAAGGAGCGUAAGCGCUCCCGUUCCAGAUCAGCUGAGAGGGACCGCGAUAGGAAAUCAUCACCCUCCAAAGACAGGAAAAGACAUCGCUCUCGGGAAAGGAGAAGAUCUCGAAGUCGUUCUCGUUCACGCUCCAAAUCAAAUGAAAGGGACCGAAGACAGAAAGAUCGAAAGAAGGAUCGGGAAAGAGAGAAAGAUACCCACAGACGAGACAAAGAAAGAAAGCGUUCUAGAAGUGUGUCCCCCAACAGAGGAAAAGAAACCAAAGUAAAGAAGGAAGUAAAAAAAGAAGUGGAGGAAGAAGAGCAGACAGACAAAAAGUCAAAGGUGAAUCCUUUGUCACUAGAGGAACUGCUAGCGAAGAAGAAAAAAGAGGAGGAGGCAGAGUCCAAGCCAAAAUUCCUUUCCAAAGCAGAGAGGGAGGCCGAGGCCUUAAAGCGCAGACAGAUGCAGGUGGAAGAGCGACAAAGCUUACUCGAAGAGGAGCGGAAGAAAAGGAAGCAUUUCCAGGAAACUGGGAGGAGGAUGCUUGAGGAUCCACAGGAGAGAGAACGACGAGAACGCAGAGAAAGGAUAGAGAGAGAGAACAAUGGUAAUGAGGAUGAUGAAGGUAGAAUAAAAGUUCGCGAGGAAAAAGAUAAAACCAAGGAACUGCAAGCGAUCAAGGAGCGAUAUUUGGGCGGUCUAAAAAAGCGAAGGCGCACUCGCCAUCUAAAUGACAGAAAAUUUGUGUUUGAAUGGGAUGCCUCAGAAGAUACUUCUAUUGAUUAUAAUCCACUGUACAAAGAACGACACCAGGUCCAGCUUCUUGGACGUGGCUUCAUUGCUGGCAUAGAUCUUAAGCAACAAAAGCGUGAACAGUCCCGGUUCUAUGGAGACCUCAUGGAAAAAAGACGGACACUGGAGGAAAAAGAACAGGAAGAAGUAAGGCUCCGCAAGCUAAGAAAAAAAGAAGCCAAGCAGCGCUGGGAUGAUAGGCACUGGUCUCAGAAGAAGUUGGAUGAAAUGACGGACAGGGACUGGCGUAUAUUCAGAGAAGAUUACAGCAUCACCACAAAAGGUGGCAAGAUCCCCAAUCCAAUCCGUUCUUGGGUUGACUCCUCUCUUCCUCCACAUAUACUGGAAGUUAUCGACAAAUGUGGAUAUAAGGAGCCAACUCCUAUCCAGCGUCAAGCCAUCCCCAUUGGUUUGCAGAACCGGGAUAUUAUCGGUGUUGCUGAAACUGGCAGUGGUAAAACUGCUGCCUUCCUGAUUCCUUUGUUGGUCUGGAUCACAACUCUCCCCAAAAUAGACAGGAUUGAAGAAUCUGACCAAGGACCUUAUGCAAUUAUUCUGGCUCCAACAAGAGAGUUGGCUCAACAGAUUGAGGAGGAAACUAUCAAGUUUGGAAAACCACUUGGUAUCAGGACAGUUGCUGUUAUUGGUGGUAUCUCUCGAGAGGACCAGGGAUUCCGCCUGAGAAUGGGUUGUGAGAUUGUGAUUGCCACUCCUGGGCGUCUGAUAGAUGUACUAGAAAAUCGCUACUUGGUUCUAAGUCGCUGUACUUAUGUGGUACUUGAUGAGGCUGACCGUAUGAUUGACAUGGGUUUCGAGCCCGAUGUCCAAAAGAUUCUAGAACACAUGCCAGUGACCAACCAGAAGCCCGAUACUGAUGAGGCCGAGGAUCCAGAGAAAAUGACUGCCAACUUUGAAUCUGGAAAACACAAAUACCGACAGACUGUCAUGUUUACAGCCACAAUGCCUCCGGCUGUAGAGCGUUUGGCAAGAAGCUAUCUGCGUAGGCCAGCAGUAGUGUAUAUUGGCUCUGCUGGCAAACCUCAUGAGAGAGUAGAGCAGAAGGUGUUCCUCAUGUCAGAAGCAGAGAAGAGGAAGAAAUUGCUUGCCAUCCUGGAGAAAGGAUUUGAUCCACCAAUCAUUAUUUUUGUCAACCAGAAGAAGGGAUGCGAUGUACUGGCAAAGUCUCUGGAGAAAAUGGGGUACAAUGCUUGUACUUUGCAUGGUGGCAAAGGCCAAGAACAGAGAGAGUUUGCGUUGUCUAACCUUAAGGCUGGAGCCAAGGAUAUACUGGUUGCAACUGACGUUGCUGGGCGUGGUAUUGAUAUUCAGGAUGUGUCUAUGGUUGUGAAUUAUGACAUGGCCAAGAAUAUUGAAGAUUAUAUCCAUCGUAUAGGAAGAACCGGAAGAGCUGGUAAGAGUGGUGUUGCCAUCACUUUCUUGACCAAAGAAGACUCCUCUGUGUUCUAUGACCUCAAGCAGGCCAUUCUUGAAAGUCCAGUGUCAUCCUGUCCACCUGAACUGGCCAACCACCCUGAUGCCCAGCAUAAGCCCGGCACAAUUCUCACUAAGAAGAGGAGAGAGGAGACUAUCUUUGCUUAAUUGUGCCCUGCCGGUCUUUCUAAAUAAAGUCAGAGCAAUUAAGAAAAUACUGUGGUUCCUAAUAUUGCUUCUCGGUGGCAGAAGGAUAUAAUGUGAUUUAGAAAAUAACAGCUCACUCGUUUGGAUGACCUGACAUUCAUUGGCUUUAGAGACCUCCAACAUACAAACAUUUUUUCUGGAUAAAGGGAUCCAACUACAUUCAGAAUGUGACUUGUGUUUUGAAACUUCAAACUUCAGAUCUACAAUGCAGAUUAUUUGGUGUUUUAAUAGCCACCAAGCAAAUUGUCCUUGACAACAAAUCUAUCCAUUGAUUUCUUUGUGCACACUGUAAGAUGGCUUUAGGGGCCUUUCUUUUGCUUCUGUCGGUAUGGUCCUCAUUAUCCAUAUGUAUAAGGGACACCACACAGCACUACAACAGUGCUGUGCCUCAGUUUUAUAAAGAAAAAUCUUGCUUUACUGAGUUUAAACUUGUUUUUCAUAGAGUUGCAUUUCUGUGAACUGUAAUUUUUUUCAUUUGUUCUGUGCAGUAGUUUGCCAGGAUUAGAUGAACACUUUAACAUGCAAGUCUUGACAUGCUUUAAUAAAUUCAGGCCUAGAGAAAUAG